CUCUCUCCAACCUAACAGGAAGGGGUUAUACUUUACCCAGUGGUGUGCACAUCUGGAGGAAGUGUGAGCUGAUGGUCUCCGGAACCUGCUGUGGGGACUUAAAGGGGAAGCAUAAACCCACGCUUGGCUUUGUCUUGGAGGCAGGAUCUAGGAGACUGCAGUGGUGUUGCUUGGCUGGAAGGCUGGGGCCCUGUAGACAUCGCCCAGUUCUUAAAUGGCAUUGCCCUCUACCUUCUCUUCCCACCCAAUCCUUGUGCUCUGCUGAGGGCCAUGCAGUGAGUAAUGGGACUGUGAUGAGAGCAGCCUGCAUUAGGGCCUGAUAUCCACAGUAACCAGGGACCCUGGAGGAGGUUGAGGGGGGCAAGGCAUGUAAGGACUAGAAUUAUUGGUUCUCAGAGAGACAGCUCUGUUUCAAUUGUCUCAAUUCUGACAGGUUGGGGUCACCUUUGAGGACAUUGCCCUGUACUUCUCCAGAAAGGAAUGGAGCCUCCUUGAUGAGGGUCAGAGACAGCUGUACCUGAACGUGAUGCUGGAGAACUUUGAACUUCUAUCCUCCCUGGGUUGCUGCUGUGGAGCAGAGAAUGUGGAGGCACCGACUGAGCAGACCGUUUCUGUUAGAGUGUCACAAGCAAGGAAUGCCAAGGUAGCCUUGUCUUCCCAGAAGAACCACCCCUGUGAGAGUUGUGGGCUAGUCUUGGGAAAUAUUUUCCACAUGAUGGAUUUUCAGGGAACACAACAUGGACAGAUACUGUUGAGGUGUGGGGCAUGUGCAAAACGGUUUUACUUCAGUGUAAAAUUUCACCAGGAGCAUGUGAGAGAGAAGACUUUCAUUAGAGGGUUGGACAGGAUCUCAGUUGCAAAUAGCUGCAAUUUCAAUGUGUUUCAGAAUCAUUUCACUGGCGGGGAGGUUGGACAGAUUGUCCUUACUGAAUCAGGACAUCUCCACCUAAAUCCUCCUCAGACCAAAAGCAGUCCAAGAGGCACUGGCUGCCAAUAUCCUCAGAGAGUUCACACAGGAGAAAAGCCUUACCAAUGCAGUGAAUGUGGGAAAUCUUUUGCCACUAACAGUCACCUUCGUAGUCAUCAGAGAAUUCACACUGGAGAAAAGCCUUAUCAAUGCAGUGAAUGUAGGAAAUCUUUUGCCACUAACAGUCACCUACGUAGUCAUCAGAGAGUUCACUCUGGAGAAAAGCCUUAUAAAUGCAGUGAGUGCGAGAAAGCUUUUGCCAGGAACACCGACCUUCAUAAUCACCAAAGAGUCCAUACAGGAGAAAAGCCUUAUAAAUGCAGUGAAUGUGGGAAAUCUUUUGCCUGGAACAGUGGUCUUCGUCAUCAUCAGAUAGUUCAUACAGGAGACAAGCCUUAUAAAUGCAAUGAAUGUGGAAAGUCUUUUACCCGUCGCGCUGGCCUCCAAUAUCAUCAGAGAGUUCACAAAGGAGAGAAGCCUUAUAAAUGCAGUGAAUGUGGAAAGUCUUUUACCUGUUGCUUUGGUCUCCAAUAUCAUCAGAGAGUUCACACAGGAGAAAAGCCUUAUCAAUGCACUGAAUGUGGGAAAUCUUUUACCACUAGCAAGUACCUUCGUACUCAUCAGAGAGUUCAUACAAGAGAAAGGCCUUAUAAAUGUAGUGAAUGUGGGAAAUUUUUUAAAAGUAGGAAAGGUCUUCAAUAUCAUCACAAAGCUCACACUGGAGAAAGCUGUUAUGAGUCCAAUUAAUGUGAGAUAUCUCUCAGUCUAAUUUGUAAAUUAGCUUUACAGAGAAGACUCCGGAUGUGGUAAGGUUUUUAGAUGUGUAGGAAAUGUAGUUUGUUACUUAGGACUUAACAAUUGUAUAAGAAAGUAAGUAAAGUCUCAUUAGUCUGAAUUAUAUCUCCUAUAUUUGAUCACCUACAUUAUGUAACAUCCCCACAACUGUUUAUGGUGUUCUAUUUCUUUUUAUGUUGGAAAUAUACGUAUCUAUGUUGCACUUUCUAACAUACAGAGAUUCAUGCCAGAUCUGUGUCACUGCAUAUUUCUGUUACUGAAGGUAUUUCCCCUGAUCCACCUAUAUUAUAGUGUCUUAGAAGGUCCCUAUAGAUUGCAUCAAUCACCAUCCUCAUGGGCCCAGGGAAACUAACUGUGUUGUCUAAAUCGUUGAAGAAACUAAGAAUACCUCAUCCCUUAGUCCUCAUAUCCCUGCCAUGAGUAGCCACAUAGGACUGAUUACUAUUGGCGCCAAUAAACUUUAUGUAGAAGAUCUGCCAUUUUAAGGGACACACUUUCCUACAUGCUAAUGUUGAGUUUAUUUAUUGAGUGCCUACGUCAUCAAGGGGAGAAUUGCCGGUCUCAGGUCUCUUUCUUUGAAAAAUAAUGAAGGCUUUUUCCUAGGACUUCUUUAAUCCUGGGUUUUCUAUUUACUGUGUGGGUUAGUUUAUGAAAAGUUCUGGGCUCUGCACUCAUGAUGAUUGGAAAACUUUUAUGGGGUCUCAAACAUUUUUGCCCUUGGGGGAAGACUAUGGUGUAGAAAUUAGCUCAGCAGUUUUUGCCAAAUUUACAUUGCUGCCCAUAAUUUUGCAGGAAACAAUGUGGACUCUCUAUUCCUCAUGUGAAAAUGGAUGUUUUGAGACAUAGAAGUCACUCAAAAGAGGGGGUAGAUGUGACAACCUCAAGUAUGUCUGGGAGCAGCGUGAUUUUUUUUCUUGUUUUCAAGGGAUGCUAAGGCAUUUGAAGGGAUUCUUUUCCCCAGGUGUUGCAGAGGGCCAUGUGCCCUAAUGCCUUCUAUUCCAUGGGUGAUAGUCACUGGUUGGAGGACCAUCAUAUUGAGGAUCUUCACUGCAGAAAUACUGACCUAAUUCAAUUACAGGGAAUGGAUUUCAUCUAAACCUGCACCCAGAACUUUUUUUGAG